CUGGCCGGCGCCCUGGUCGAGCACGGCCUCUCGGCCGACGGCAUCGUGCUGGAUGUGGAGUCAGUUCCGUCGAUCCGUGACGCGGCCGACAGCAUCGCCGAGCGCUACGGGCGCAUCGACGUGCUGGUCAACUGCGUCGGGAUACAGCGCGAGGAGCCGCUGCUCGAAGUCACCGAGGAGGCCUACGACGAGGUCUAUCGGGUCAACCUCAAGGGCGCCAUGUUCCUGGCCCAGGCCGUCGCGAAGCACCAGACUCGCGGCGGGCAAGGGAGGCCGGCAGCACCAAGGGCGGCCUGGUCAUGCUCAUCAAGCAGCACGCCAUGGAGCUGGCCCGGGACGGAAUCACGGUCAACGGCGUGGCGCCCCACCUUCGUCUACACCGAGAUGAUCCGCCACGUCAUCGAGAACCCCGAAUUCCGUAACCAGCUCCUGGAGCGGAUCCCGCUGGGCAGAAUCGCCGACCCCAAGGACGUGGUUCGGGCCGGUGAUGUUCUUCUGCUCGGAUGCCUCGGCGUUCGUGACGGGCAGAUCAUGUACGUGGAUGGGGGAUUACGGCGAGUCAGUGAAAGCGCGGGCCGCCACGUCUUGGGCCUUCAUCAGCGAUAA